AUGACUGGAAUACUUCAGUUGUUGUUACUGGUCAGCGUGACCAUGGCUUCCGAGCCAUCGUGUCCAGCAUGCUCCAAAUACGACUACGAGGAAAAGGUGCUCGAGAGAAUGAUCCGUAUGGAGUUCGCUUUUGAGAAAGAAUUAAAGGACAACAAGGCAGUGAGCGAAACUGUUGAGGAGGACCUAACACGGAUCAAGGAAGAAAACGAACGUUUACACGCGACCGUUGAUGCCCUUAAGGAUCAACAGGAGCAAGCAGAACGCAGACUGGUUUCGCUCAUGGAGGAAGUUGAGAGAAACCAGUCCAGCACACUGGAGAAGAUAGUUUCCGAUUCUAACACUACGUUAGAACAAACUAUUGCCGCCUUCAAUGAUAUGAAAGACCAAAUCGCUACUCCACUGGUGUACUUUAACGCUCACUUUCCACAGACCACCAGCCUGUCUACAGGUGAGGUGAUAGUGUACAAGACAGUGGAGACCAACCACGGAAACGGCUACAGCGCCACCACGGGCAAGUUUACCGCUCCAGAACGGGGUCUCUACUUGUUCUUCAUGCACACUUGUACAUCAUCAACUAAAUAUUCUUAUCUCCAGAUAGUGAAGGACGGGUCAGUCCUCAUUAGAAGUGUACAGUAUGAGAAGGAAUCUUUUUCCUGUUCUAGUAGUCAGGUGUUUGUUCAGCUUGAUGUAGGCGAAACUGUCUGGGUACAAUGUUCCAGUGGGAGCUCAAACAGACAACUGAAUGAGAAUAGUUCGUACCGUUGGACCAGUUUUGGUGGUGCUCUCAUUCACAACUGA